GAAAUAAUAAUAAGAUAAUAAUAAAACACAUAACAAAAUAACAAUAUUAGAUUAUAUUAUGAUAAUGAAAAAUAUUUGAACAAUAUUUUAUAUUGUUCAAUAACAAUACUCUCCUUUUUUAGUAAAAAAAAAAGUAUCAAAUCAUUACUCUCAUAUACAUAAAUAUAUAUAAUUUUUUAUUUUAUUGAUAAAAUAAAUUUUUUAUGAUAUAAUUUAUUGAUUUAUUAAUAUAUUUGAAUGAGUCAAUUUAUUAUAAAUAUAAUAUUAAAUAUAAAUAAAACAGAAUGUUUGCUGUUACAUGAAAAUAGUAGUUCUGCAGAAGCAUUAAAAAUAGAGGCACAAGUUCAACCUAAAACGAGCUUAAUUUUAAUGACAAAGUCAAUUGUUGAAAGUAUUAUUCCUGCUUUAUUAUCUUUGUUUUUGGGACCAUGGAGUGAUAUAUAUGGAAGAAAAUCUAUUAUAUUGUCUGGCUAUAUUGGUAUAUCAUUAACAUAUUUCCUUCUUUCUUCUAUGACUAUUUGGGAUAUCAAUCCAUGGUUUUUGUUAAUUGCAUAUAUUCCAUAUGCUUGUUGUGGAGGAUUUUGUAUAAUUUUAUUAGGUACUGUUUGUUAUCUUUCUGAUAUAUCAAAUGAACAAGAAAGAGGAUGGCAAUUAGCUUGGAUGGAAGCUUUAAUAUCUGUUGGUAUUUUAAUUGGUAUAUUAGCUGGACCCAUUAUUUUUAAAAUAUAUGGAUAUACACUUGUAUUUGUUAUUGCUACUAUAUGUUGCAUUUUAGCAGGAUUACAUAUUUGCUUCUUUGUUCCUGAAACAAUACACACCACAGAUUCAAUAACUAUAAAGAGCUUGUUUAAUAUUCAUUUGGUUAGAAAACUUAUAAGCACAUGUAUUAAAAAACGAGAUGGUUUUAAUCGAUAUAUAGUUUGGUGUUGUAUAAUUUCUAUUAUUUUAAUAGUCAUUGCUAUGCAAGGAGAAAUGACUAUUGGUUUCUUAUUUGUAAGUGCUAGAUUUGGUUGGGAUGUAAAUAAAUAUUCCAUUUAUUUGGCUACAAAUAUAAUACUUACAAUUCUUGGAAUAACAUUUGGUGUAAAAAUGUUGGUAAUAUAUGGAGGAUUAUCUGAAGAAACUGUAGCUAUAUUUUCGUUAUUGUCUUCUUUGAGUAGUAGUUUAGUACAAAGCUUUACAUUGAAAUCUUGGCAUAUGUAUGUAUCUGCAGUAGUAGGAAUGUUUAGUGGUAUUGCUAAUCCUAUGAUUCGUGCUAUAUUAUCCAAAUCAGUACCAUCAGAAGAUACUGGUAAAAUAUUCUCUAUGACAAUAUCUAUUGAAACAUUAACUCCACUUGUGGCAGCUUCUUUAUAUAAUAUGAUUUAUUUACAUUUUAUGCCACCUAUAUAUCCAUUACCAGUUUGGUUAGUGUCUGGAGGAAUUUAUAUUAUUGUAAUAUUUAUUUUAAUAAAUAUACGAAUUCAAAAUACAAAAACUAAUUCUGCAAGAUAUACAGCAUUGAUACAAAAUGAAUCAUCAUAAACUUUGAUAAAUAUUUAUUCUAAAAGAAAAUUAAAAUGAACAUAUAUGUAUUAUAUUGUAUUAUAUUAUAAUGAAAAAAUUUAAUGUAAAUAUUUAAGAACUUAUACUUUAUAUUGUUUUGUUUUUAUAAUAUAAUAAUAAUAGUUAACAAAAUCAAUUUUAA